AAAAUAAUUUUUGGGUCCACCACUGCUCAGAAUUAUCUUUUGUCUAGAUUUUGUUCGCAUUUCGAAUCGCUUGAAUAAACUCUGACUCAAUUCGAUUUGCAUGUGUGUUGUUUCUUAACAGAGUCGGUUCGAAAAUCAUGGAUCAUCAGACCGAACCAGUUGAUAAACAGCCCGAACUACUAGUUAUUUACGUCUGCGGAGAUUGUGGAGAAGAGAACAUUUUGAAGAGUGGAGAUGUGUUCCAAUGCAGAGAGUGUGGGUUCCGUAUUCUCUAAAAUAAGCGUAUUCUCGACAAGAAGGGUACCCGUAUAGGUAAUGUAAAUACUCUCUUUUGUCUUUGUUCUUAUAUUGUGACACUGAGUUAUGGCACAAUUUCGAAUCUGUCUUGAGUUUGUACCUACAUUCUGGUCUACCCCAUUUGUGUGUUUGGAUUGCUAAUCUGUUGGUUUUCUUCGACAUACAAAAUCUAGAUGUUGUGAACUUGUUUCCUGCUAAUUAUAUAGUCCUUUAUUUUUCUUGCAGUUCAACACAAAGCUAUCUGAGUGCCACGCAACUCCUGAAGAUAGUUCAAAGUAGACUUAUUGCCAGUUGUUUGUAAUAUGUAUUGACGUGGUUUUUGGUAUAUGGUCUGUUUUAGUUUGAGUGUGGCUGUAAUCUCUUUGCUUUUUUCGUAUCCUGGAAAACUGUAACUUCUCAAC